AUGAAGACGCCCAUUGCGCCUUCUCCAAGACUUCUGCGCUAUCUUCGACUUCAAUCAGACUCGCUCUUCGCAAACUCCAGUCACUUCACAACACGUCCUCGGACGCCGUCUCGAGCUCUAUCUACAACUCCCCCUCGCAAGCGCCUCUCCUCAAUUGAGGACAAAUGGCAUCCUGUACGAGAGCAAUGCAAAGCUCUUCCUCCUCCGAGAUAUAGCCCCCCGAACCCUCCACAGUCUCGUUGCGCAAGCACAGAAAGUCACAAGCAAACUUUUUGGCGACGAUGGCUCCGUCAUAGAGUCGCUGCAUCCCGUUCAAAACACCCCCGAGAUGCUCCAACUACAUCCUCACCCUACGGCUACGACGAGACGUCGGCGCAGCUCUUCAACCUCUCCCGCGCCCUUUCCCGUAACACGAGCGGUGCAGAGAUGAAGCUCCGUUGCACCGAGUUUGACGCCAAUGGCUCCGUUACAAUGGUAUCAGGCGAGUUCAAGAAAUCGGAACUUAUCGCCAAAUAUGGGCUGUUGCCUCGAGAUCUCCGCAAGAUCGACUCCUCUGUCCUUCCCCAUAUCCUCGUCCGUCCCUCGGCCAUCCUGAUUAAUUUACUCCACCUCCGAGUCCUCAUCCAGUCAGAUCGAGUUCUGGUUUUCGACGCUUUUGGAAGCACAGACUCUUAUACUCAGUCCUUGUUCAUGUACGACUUGGAAGGGAAGCUGCGACAAAAAGCAGACCCUAGAAAUGGCUCCCUCAACCUCCCGUAUGAAUUGAGAGCUCUCGAAGCAGUCCUCAUCUCGGUCACUUCAGGACUGGAAGCGGAAUUUGCCCUGGUCCGGGACCCGGUCACGCAUAUCUUAAGAGAGCUUGAAGAAGACAUCGACAGAGACAAACUACGGCACUUGCUCAUACAUUCCAAGAAACUGGGAACCUUCGAGCAGAAGGCAAGACUGGUGCGAGAUGCCAUCGAGGAUCUCCUUGAAGCGGACGAUGAUCUAUCUGCCAUGUAUCUGACUGAAAGAAAGGCCACCGGCAAGUCCCGCGCUGAAAACGACCACCAAGACGUUGAAAUGCUCCUCGAAUCCUAUCACAAGAUCUGUGAUGAAAUUGUUGAGAUUUCGGGCAAUCUAAUUAGCAACAUCAGAAACACGGAAGAAGUGGUCCGGGCGAUUCUAGAUGCCAAUCGCAACCAGCUCAUGUUGCUCGAGAUCAAGUUCAGCAUUGGCACUCUCGGUCUCGCCGGUGGCACCCUCAUCGCCGGGCUUUAUGGAAUGAACCUCAAGAACUUUGUCGAAGAGUCGGACUUGGCUUUUGGCUCAGUCAGCGUUGUGUGUUUCGGCCUAUCCUGGCUGAUCUGCAUCUACGGCAUGCGCAAAUUGCGCAAAGUGCAAAAGGUGCGCAUGUGGGGCGAAGGACUCGAUCAUAGCAUGGGCUUCCGCGGCGGCAAGGUAGGAAAUCGAGGAAAUUGGCGCAAUGAAGCCGUGGAGAGCCAAGCGCAUAAAAACGCCAGACUGAAAGCGGGAGGGAAUGCGCAGACUGGCCGUGUGCUUUGGCCUGGUAUGGAUGGGUUGGGGAUGCAUAAACUCAACAAUACCGAAAACGACGACCAACAGCAGCAGGGUGGAGUCUUUAACAGCAACACGGACGCGAACGCCAACGCGGGAUCGAAUGCCCCUGGCAUGACGAUCCACGAGGACGUCGACAACGUUGAGGCUAAGAUGAAGGCUGACGCAAAGAGGGAGAAAGGUCUGAUGACCAAGGAGCAAAUGAAGGCAUAG